GGAGAAGAAGAAGAGGAAGAAAAAACGAAGAAAAGUAAAAAAGAAAAAAACGAAGAAAAAAAAAAUAUAGAACAAAAGUGAGUAUUAGAGAAUACUAGUGGAGAAAAUCGGUCGGUUAGAAGGACGAGGCUCUUAGAGAUGGCCCUUUUGUGUCGCGUGGAAGGGUAAACCAGGGAAGAAAGAAAGGGAAAAAAGAAGGAAAGAGGAAAGAGAAAGAAAGAAAGAAAGAAAGAGAAAUAAAGAAAGAAAGAAAGAAAGAAAGAAAGAGGGUGAGAAGGAGUACGGGCAGUCGAUUACAGUGCCGAAACGAGUGAGAGCAGAGUGGAGCAUCUCCGACCAGUUUCGGAGGAGGUUGAAGGGGAGAGGGCCUUCGAGAACGUGAGCGCGCGCGCGCGCGCGACGUUCUCCCUACGAAAGAGAAAGAGAAAGAGAGAAAGAGAAAAGCGAAGACGGAGGAGGCGAAAGCCGAGUUUGAGUUUCGGUUUCGUUCGUUUCGCGCCUGCUCCGCCGAGCGGUCGGCGGCGGGAGUCGAGAGUGAGUGUGUAUGAGAGUGACAGAGUGAGUGAGUGAGAGAGAGUGAGAGAGAGAGAGAGAGAGAGAGAGAGUCGAGUAAUGGAGAAGGAGUGAGCGAGUGAGCGAGAGAGAGAAAGAGAGAGAGAGAGAGGGCGAACGCGCUCUGCUCCCAAUAACGACUCUCGCCCUCGGUCAGUCGCGCGCGAACCGCGGAGCCGCGAGCAUCUCCUCGUCUCUCUCGCUCCGCAGGCGGAGAGAUUCCGGCGUUUCUCUCUCUUAAGAGAGAGAGAGAGAGAGAGAGAGAGAGAGAGAGAGUGAGAGAGAGAGAGAGAGAGAGGGAACGGGAACACACGUGUGCAUGUAAUCGAGUUCGAGGGUACGAGUGUAUACGGGUUUUCUGAAGAGGAUGAGAAGAGAGAGACAGAGGGAGGACGUACAAGAAGAAGAAGAAGAAGAAGAAGAAGAGGAGGAGGAGGAAGAGAGAGUGCAUCGUACGUGGAUGUUACAUAUUUGCUUCGAACGAAGAAUACAGCAUCGAGACGCGAAUGUCCGAUCGUUCCACGUAUUUCAGUGUUUCGUAAAAGUUUCUGUGUUUUUGAAAGGCGUCGACGAUCAACUAGCACGUUUUCCUCCGAUCGUUCAGAUCAACUCGAUCGAGAAGGUGUCCUAGCAAGAGCAAGAGAAACGAUUACUGCGAGAGAGAGGAAAAGGAAGGACGAAGGGGAAAAAGAAGAAGAAAAAGAAGAAAAAGGAAGAAGAAGAAGAAGAAGAACCGAGGACAAUGGCGGGUGAGGACACACAGAUUCUGGCGAAUGGCACCGUCGAGGCUCUCACGAUAAUACCAGCAAAGAUGGCCAAUGGGAACGGCCUUAUCUGUAGCAAGCAUAAUAACAAUGGCUCAAUACCAAAUGGGAAGCUACAUGAGAUCGGAGCUGCCGAGAAUGGGAAGCUGAUCGUUCCUGACGAAAAAUCGAGCAGCCUUCACACGGAAUUCGAUGACGCUGACGUUUCCUGUGGUUGGGGUCCAUUAAGACCUCAUUGGUUGCAAUAUUUUGCCACGAAGCAGGCCUUUUUAGUCACCUUUUGCAUUACCUGGGUCCUUCAAGGCAUGUACUAUACGUAUUUCGUCUCGGUAAUCACAACGAUCGAGAAGCUCUUCCAAAUCCAAUCGAAAACGACGGGUAUCAUAAUGUCUGCAACUGAAAUCGGCCAGAUCGGUUCGUCCCUUCUCUUAACGUAUUACGGCGGCCAAGGUCACCGGCCUAAGUGGAUCGCCUGGGGCAUGAUCCUCUUUGCCGUGAGCUCCUUCACCUGCUCGAUGCCUCAUUUCAUCUUCGGCGAACAGCUGAUCCAGCAAAACGAGAUGCUUUUCAGCGGCGUCGGACCUGCCGGGGAAUCAGAUGGACCUAACAAUACUGAUCCAGUUCCAGCAAAUCUCUGCAAGUUGCAUGAACGACCAGAGAACAAUACGCUCGAUGAAUGGAUCUUGGGUACAACGGCACCACACGGUGAUUCGAUCGAAUAUUGCGAAGGUGACUUUCUAACAGAGCAGAGGAUACAAAGCAAAAUAACGGCAGUAGUCCUGGCAAUAUUUUUUGUCUCUUUGCUCGGUGUUGGAAUGGGUCAAACUGCCGUUUACACUCUUGGCAUACCAUAUAUCGAUGAUAACGUUGCCAGCAGGGAAAGUCCCUUGUAUUUCGCAAUCACAAUCGGUGUUAGGAUUCUGGGACCAGCGUUAGGUUUCAUCCUUGGAUCACUUUGCACGAUGCUUUAUGCGGAUCUAUCUGUAAAUCCACAAAUCACGCCUACUGAUCCAAGAUGGGUCGGUGCGUGGUGGCUUGGUCUGGUGCUGAUAUCCGCGAUGCUGAUGUUGGUCAGCAUAGGAAUGUUCGCCUUUCCUACGCGUUUGCCGACGAGCAGAACACCGCCGAAACGAGCGGAUGCCAAAAAACCUAGUCUAAGAGAUUUUCCAAAAGCAGUUAAAAGGCUGCUAAAGAAUGACAUCCUGAUGUUCAGGACAGCUAGCAGCGUGCUGCACAUCCUGCCAAUUGCAGGACUUUACACAUUCUUACCAAAGUACCUCGAGAGCCAAUUUCGCUUGCCAGCUCAUCAUGCUAACAUGAUAUCAGGUGUCGGUGGUAUUCUAGUUAUGGGUCUGGGUAUUAUUAUCAGCGGAGUGUUCAUUCUAAGAGCGAAACCAAACGCUAGGUUCGUUGCAGCUUGGAUAGCUUUCACAGCAGUCGUUUAUGCUAUCGGUAUGGGCGUAUUGAUGUUCAUUGGUUGUCCGAUGGACGAUUUUGCUGGUCUUGUCUCGCACUCCGAUGGAAUAUCGAGCUUCGAGCCAACCUGCGAGGCUAGCUGCGACUGCGAUCGGAACAAGUUCAGCCCGAUCUGUGGCGCGGAUGGCAAAACGUACUUCUCCGCGUGUCAUGCUGGCUGCUCGAAUUACACGAUAGCGGACGGGAAAGUGGCAUCGUUUUAUAACUGCCAGUGCAUCGGGCAGAACUUAACGAUGCCGGAAACGACGAGCACAGCGACGAUUGGUUACUGCCAAUUGGAAUGCAGUAAUUUUUGGGUCUACAUGAUUCUCUUCUCGGUGUUCGUUUUUAUUCACUCAACGAGCGAGGUUGGUUCCAUGUUACUGAUAUUACGAUGCGUGGAUCCACGGGACAAGGCCAUGGCCCUCGGUCUCAUACAAUUUGCUAUUGGCUUGUUUGGUAACGUACCAUGUCCAAUCGUAUACGGUGCUGUUGUGGAUUCAGCGUGUCUUGUGUGGGAAUACGCUUGUGGUGAACGAGGUGCCUGUUGGCUCUACGACUCAAAUGUCUUCAGGAUGUUUUAUCACGGCACGACGGGUGGAAUCCUUGUGAUGGCCUUCAUCGUGGACAUAGUUGUGUGGUACAAAGCCGGUAGUAUAAGUUUCGUUGAGGAACAGGAAUGUGAAGAUGGUACAGCCGAAGAAAUGGCCACUUUAAAGUCUCAGGACGCGCAAAACGUCGAUAAUGAUUAUCUGUGAAGGAUAUACAUACAUACAUAUAUAUAUAUGUAUAUAUAUAUAUAUAUAUACAUAUAUAUAUAUACAUAUAUAUAUACACAAAGACCUACAUAUAUAUAUAUAUAUAUUUAUAUAUAUACACAUAUAUAUGGGUAAACAUAUGUAUAUAGUCUCGAAACGAUGUAUAUAGAGGGGUACAUAAGGCGUUCUAGUGUGAAAGGUGUUCAACCCUUUAAACACGAACGAAGUCGGUGUGUGAUCGAGGUGAAUUCGCGGCUGUCGUCCUUCGAGCUGUCCUACUUGACAACGGAUUAUUCUAGUCUUUCAUCGAAAAGGACGAGUCAGCGACAAAAAAAAAAAGAGAAUCCCUCAAAUUCUCUUUCUGAAAAAGAAGAAGAAGAAGAAGAAGAAGAAGAAGAAGAAGAAGAAGAAGAAAAAGAAAUCCUCUCCGAGAUGAACCGGCCAACGAUUCUCGACCAACGAUUCCAAAAAUCUUCCUUUAUCUUCUUUUCUUUUUUUUUCUUUUUUUUUUUUUUAUAUACAUAUAAAAAAAAAAAAGGAGAACGAAUCUAAGAAACGGGAAAAGUGUUACGUAGAUCGUGAAGAUGAUUAUCCUGCGAUUUUCAAUCUUCUUUUAAAGAAAAAAAGAAAAUAUAUCAGCCAUCUUUGAAGAAAGAAGGAAGAAAAGAUUGAGUCUUGAUAAAUGAGGAAACGUACAUACAUAAUAUGUGCGAACAUACAUGAAUAAUUAAAUUACGCAGGAUAUAUUAAAUGAACGAUGGAAUGGAGAAGAUGACGAGCGCAGCGAACGACCACGUGCCAAUAUAUUAUGUUAUUAUAUAUUUCCCGCGUUUUUUUAAAGAACGUCUCGGUAUAUGAACGCACGUUGUUUUAAUCAACGAUAUUUUUCAUGAUUUGCAUUUUACAAACGCACUUUUAGUACUUUCUAAAGAGAGAAAAAAAAAAGAAAGAAAGAAAAAA